UUUAGCUAAAGCUAUUGUUACACUUUUACCUAAUGUUUUACAUGUAAUGUUACUUAUAUUACAGUAAAUAUAAUUCGAAUAGUAUAUUAUGCAUUCUGCAAGUCAUGGCCUUUAAAAAUAGUUUUAGAGAUUCAAGGUAUCCCUGAAGAAGCCGUCAUUCACUUCUAUUCCUUGAAUUAGACUUUCAUUGCAUUCAUCGUACUAGAAAAUUGGCUACUAGAUAGUAAUAACUGAUUGCCCUUGUUUUCCUGUUAAAUACAAAGUUGUUUUCAAUGUUAUGCCUGAGCUAUAUCAGAACAACCUCAAUUGAGCAAAUGAUUGGAUAAAAUACUUCAGUUUCAAUUGCAUCCCUUUUAUUGAAUUGUCAGUAGAGUGACUACACUUUAGCAUGAAGCACAUUGUGUUAAUUUCUAGUGUUUUUAUUUUUUUCAUUUUGGUCGCGCCUAGUUUUUCAUUUGUUUUAUUGGAUCAUGUCAGGAUGGAAAAUCAGACCUAUGGAUUUCAGGGAAGAUCUUUUGGUGAUCCUCGAGAGAAAAAGCACAAACUUCAUCUCAUGCUCCCCCUCAUAAUCACUGCUUUGAUGAUAAAAUCCAUUAUAUUUCCAAUGAUUAUCAAAGCAAUGGCUGUAAUGACUAGUGUAGCUGUUUUACUAAGUCUCAAGAGUUUGAUCAUAUCUUCAAUCAUAGGAUAUGCCAAACUAGCACAGAGCUACACAGCACCAAAUGUGAAAAUCGUAUAUGUCGACAAAAAACCAUUGGUUAAACAAGGUUGGUCACCGCCUGAGGAAUACAUAGUUCCACCCAUUUUCAGAUCAAAGUUUUCGUACGUUCCACGAACUGAAGGUGUAGACUUGGAUUAUGAUGGACCAAAAGUUAUUGAUCACUAUCAUAGUUUUGUAGAUAAGUAAUUGAGUUUUUUCAUUAUUGUUCAAGUUCUAAAAUAGAUUUGCUUAUAGUUACUCAAUAAAUCUAUACCUAUAUCAUGAGUAUCUUAUACGAUAAUAUCUGCUGUUUUUUUGAGGUAUAUGAAUAUGACAU